AGGUACAGCUCCUAUCUCAGGUUCCCGGCCCGGGGCUCGGCGGCCUGGCCCCCGCACGCAGCGAGCCCGGGCGGGCGGGCUGGCCGCGGCACCCCGCGCCCUUCCGCCAGGCCCGCCAUGCAGGGCCCCGCCGGGAACGCGAGCCGCGGGCUGCCAGGCGGGCCACCCUCCACCGUCGCGUCCGGUGCGGGCCGCUGCGAGAGCGGCGCACUCAUGCACAGUUUCGGCAUCUUCCUGCAGGGGUUGCUCGGCGUCGUGGCCUUCAGCACGUUGAUGCUCAAGCGCUUCAGAGAGCCAAAGCAUGAGAGACGGCCGUGGAGGAUAUGGUUUUUAGACACUUCGAAACAAGCCAUAGGAAUGCUGUUCAUCCACUUUGCAAAUGUGUACCUAGCAGAUCUCACUGAAGAGGACCCUUGUUCACUGUACCUCAUCAACUUCCUCCUGGAUGCCACCGUAGGCAUGCUGCUCAUCUACGUGGGCGUGCGUGCUGUCAGCGUCUUGGUGGAGUGGCAGCAGUGGGAGUCUCUGCGUUUUGGCGAAUAUGGAGACCCUCUGCAGUGUGGAGCCUGGGUUGGGCAGUGUGCUCUUUACAUUGUGAUCAUGAUUUUUGAGAAGUCUGUCGUCUUCAUCGUCCUCCUCAUACUUCAGUGGAAAAAGGUGGCCCUGUUGAAUCCCAUUGAAAACCCAGACCUGAAACUGGCCAUCGUCAUGCUGAUCGUCCCCUUCUUUGUCAAUGCUUUGAUGUUUUGGGUAGUGGACAAUUUCCUCAUGAGAAAGGGGAGGACGAAAGCUAAACUAGAAGAAAGGGGAGCCAACCAGGACUCGAGGAAUGGGAGUAAGGUCCGCUACCGAAGGGCCGCAUCCCACGAGGAGUCAGAGUCUGAGAUCCUGAUCUCAGCCGAUGACGAGAUGGAGGAGUCUGACACAGAGGAAGACCUGCGCAGACUGACCCCCCUGAAGCCCGCGAAGAAGAAGAAGCACCGCUUCGGGCUGCCCGUGUGACACACUCCUGUGCUGGGGUCAGGUUUGGGGGCCCAGCCGGCUGCCGGGCCCUUCCUUCCCUCCUCUCUGCCCUUCCUCUUCUACCUCCGCCCCUCUUGCCGCCUCCGCCCGCUCCCAGACUACUGUGACUCGGCAGAGGGAGGGCGGGCCAGCGCCGAGGGGUUCGCGGCAACCGGAGGCUCCCACUCAGUUGCACUACAAACACUGACCAAAUAUGCAAGUGAGGCGUUUUGUCUGUCUGUCGUUGUCCCAGACGGUGUCGCGAGGGACCCAGAAGCCCCGUCCUGUGUCUGGCUGGGUGGCAUUGAGGAGGGAACCGUGUGUGCACACGGGCUCUGGGCAGAGCCUUUCCGCAAGGCUCUGGGCGCGUGGACGCAUAACACGUUUUGGGCUAAAAGUCACUCAUUGACCAAGUUGGAACCGCAAUGCUUUCUUACUCGAAAUGGCUUUGUAACUACUGAUUUCUAAAGCCAGUUUUAUGAGCUGUCACAGUGUUAAUGUUUUUUGAGUAUGUGUUUAUUUCCUAUGGGACUAAUGGGCAAAACAUAGAUUUUUAAGUCUUCCGUAUGCUGUUGACUUUUAUAUUUUUAAGUUAUAUUUUCAUACUAUUGUAUUUAAGAACUCUUUUUAAUCCCCAAAGAAAUGGGUUUGUUUGCCUUCCGUGAGAUGUGAACUGGUGGGAAGAAAAAGUCAGGAGUUUUUUUUAUUUGGAAUAUUUUUAGGUGAUCUGCGAUAAGAUGAGGUAAAUGGUCUCAGCAGGAAGGGAGAUGAGGCCUUAUCUGAAAGGAACAAAUCCAGUGGGUCUGUGUAACUCAGGCCUGAGCAGGAGGCAGCUGGUCUGAAGGUCGACCUGGGGCCCCGGUGCAUGUGGGACAGGAAGUGCUCUGUCCACUGGCUUGGCUUUCUGCUGGCAGGUUGAAGUUUUGGUUAAAUGUGACCAAGAAAAGAGCCUAAGAGGUCUGUGUCCAGAGAAACUGCGACCUCGAGGCCACCCCUGUGUGUUCCCUCUCUCAGAGCCUCCAAAUCUGUAGUUUAAAAUUCAGUCUGGGCCUCCGCGCCUCCCACUGGUACAGCCUUCAGAACCAGCUGCUGGACCAGCCCCUCUCAGGCUGCCCUCUGCCUGUCAUCUUACUGUCACCCCCUUGUUUUGCACAACAGUCUGAGGAAUGCCUGUCUGACCAGUGAUCCUGUUUCUCAUGUCCUCCAGAGUCAGGGCAGCCAGGGACGGGGCAGGCCAGGCGCUUCUAAGCCCACGUGCCCUCCCUGGGGAGUGGCCCCCACUCCUCAGCGUGGCCACCAGCCCCUGUAGCUUUGGGAACCUGCUGACCACCGUGGAGUGCGUUGGCCCGAGCACUUGCCCUGCUGUGGAAGCAGCACGGUGGGGCAGCCAGUGUUUUAUCACAGCCCAGAGGCAGCCACAGAAGUUACGGGAACAGAAAACUGCACCACUAAAGUGCAAGCUAGAAGUAAGAUGGGUGCAGGGAGCCCACCUGGCCCAGAACCUUCCUUUCAUACCUACAUACAAACAUGUUGCCCUUAAGUAGAUUGGGUCUGAAUUGUAGCAUGGGAGCCAAACUGUUAAGUGCAGGGCCUGCCUCACCUCUCAGAAUCCCACCCAGGGGCAGGGCACGGGCAGUGGGCUUCUCAGCCCUUCUUCCCCUGGGAGUCUGGAACCAGAGGGCUGAGAGGAACGGGGACCUGUCACUGCUGUGGGCCACAACUCUGCAAAAGUGGGCAUCUGCAGCAGGAGGAGAGAUUGUGUGCAAGACUAGAGGCCGUGUCCGCUUCUGCCCUCAUUUAGGCUCUUAACCCCCUCCCAUCCCUGCCAUGGUGGGGUGUCUCCCUGGAGAAUCAGUGCCGGGGGAGACCAGAGCUGAUGUUGUGCCUGCCGUAAGUCAGCCCCUCGGGGCAUUGCUGGCUCUGUACCUUUCCCUUCUGUUCCAUCUUGUCUAAACAACCUGUGCCCACCGCUGUUUCCUGCACCCUCCUGAGCUCAGAAGCAGAGAUGUCCUUUCACCCUGGAGCUCCAGGCAUAGUGAGUGGGGGAGCCACAGUCCAUGAAAGGUGGAAAGUAGGGGUUGUGUAGGCCUCGGACAAUCUGCUCAUCUGAAGGCCCUUCCCAGUGCCUGCUAGGCAGUGGGUUUAAGGGGCAAAGUGGUGGAGAGUGAGUGGUGGUUUUUCCCUAUAUCCUGAUUUUCAAUAAGGGCUUUAGUCUCUGAGCCACAAUCGUAGAGCUGGCCGACUAAGGGAUGAGUGUCUAAUCAUAGAGGUCCUUGUGGUAUGUGGGACUGGACAGUGUAGCCUUGCCUGUUUGGCCUUAUCUUCCUGUGUGUAUGUGCACGGGUGUAUAACACACACACACACACACACAGUUUGUAUUCCCUGGAGUGUUUCCUGUAGUCACUGGGGUUUUCCUGUGGUUAGUACACGGUCUCAAGAGAGACCAGAUGCAGAGGCCAUGGUCAGAACCUCCUCCUGAGCUGUCCUCCCUCCAUGGGAUGAGUCUCCUCACCACCUGCCCCAAGGUGCCUUAUGAGGUACAGCUCUUUACCCGGCCACAUGGCAAGUGUCACUGUGCUUGAGAAACAAUGGGACACCAACUGGACACUGUGUGCUAUCCAUCUGAUCUGUCUAAGCGUGGACCUUGGCCGAGCCACACAUGACGAAAGCUUAUAAGUCAGGGUCAUGAACAAGUUUUUUGUAACUGAUGGAAAUAACUUGAUGAGGUAAAACGGUCACAUCUCAGUGGAAGGAAUCAUUGUUGGCCUUAUUUCCUUUUGUUGUCAGUGGGAUGUGGACAGUGGCAAGCGGGGGUGGGGGGAUGUUGGUGAGAUCCUGGGCGGCAGUGGUUUGUUGGUCUGCUCAGAAGACCUUCGAGAUAAGGGCCUGUGGCCCAUCAGUUAACUCACAGGCAUGCUGGUGGCCUCCUGCCUCAAGCUUUAACGCAUGCCCCUUCCUGGAGACGGGGAGUCCUAGGCGAGGAUUGCCCUGUCAUGUCUUUAAAGGGAAAAGAUAAGGCUCGAGUCCUAGGCAGUGUAGUCCUGUGGCCUGCAGCACAGCCCCAUCUUCCAGCUGCCCAGGAGCCCACUCUGCCCUCCAGAUAACAACUCCCUGGCCUUUCCACAGCCAGGCCAAAACAGACUGCUCUAGGAACUUCUUGUUGGCCAAAGCAGUCACCUUGUAGAGUGUAGGGUUGGCGUUUAGAUGUUGCACACACUUCCAGCCAGGAGUGGAGAGCUUCUGCUUUGCCCUGUGCGGCAUUGGCAGCUCUGAAGGGCUUUGCUCUCGGUGAGGAACUUCCGGUCCAACAGCCGUCAGCUCCUUGAGCUCCUGGCUGGGUGGGUGGGUUGGUUUCAUUUGAUUUCUCUUUUCAUGAGGUUUAUUAGAACUCAGACCAAUGUGAGUGAGCCAUGGCCUGUUUCCACUGCCCUUCUGGUGGGGGUGUUUAAUCAGUGACGACACACAGAAACCCAUUUUUGAACUGAAAGGGAAGAUGAUGUACUUAACAUUGUACAAUGGUUUACAAUAAAGUUUCACAUCUUAAUACAUUUUUUAAAAAAACAAA